AUGAACCAAAACAGCUCUCAGAGUAGAGUGGAAAAAAGAAUUAAAGAAGUGGCAAUUAAUCAUUGACAAAACAAAAUAUUAGUGCCAAAGUUCCUCCAAAUUGCUGAAAGUACAAAGUCAUUAUGGUUUGAAGGUCAAGAUCAACCUGAUGAAGAUCUCUUAACCAUCCCACUUCUUAUGAAAAAUAAGAUUGAACAAACGAAGGCGGUUAAUUUGCUGAAGCAGAAAAAGUGACUUAUUUUAGACAAGAAGAAACAACUAGAUGAUAAACUUUGCUCUUUACAUUUAUCAGUCAGCUUUCUCAAACAGCUCUCUCAGCACGAGUCUACUAUUGCUGAUGAGAAAUGGAACCAAAAGUUCAUGCUGGCCAAAUCUCUAAAAUAGCAGUAAUGACAAACUGGAAAAAGAAGUCACUGAAAAAGAGCAGAUUUAUUCAAUCUCACAACAAUUUUCUAAUUUCAUUCCUGAAAAUUCUGCUGAUCCUCGAAAAUUGCCUGAUUUACCCGGUCAAACUGGAUUAACUCUUUUAAGAGAUUUACAGAUGAAAGUAGAGUCAUAUGACAAUUCCUUCACCUCAUCUAUGCAGUCAGAUCUCUCUCAGCUGUCUACAGUCCAAAUCCAUCUUAAUCACCUGAAGAAAUGCAUUGAGAUAAAAGAACAACUGUUAAGAGAAAAGGAAAAGGAGUUACAAUCUCUAAGUGAGCAAGUCAACCAGAAAAGAAGAGAGCAAGAGGAGCUUCACAAGGAAAGACAGAAAAUAGAGAAAAUAGAGAAAAAGAGAGAGUCCAAAGUCAGAUUUGAUAUCAAAGAAGAAAACAAAAGCAUCCUUGUAGAUAAAAGUGAGCGAUGUGUAUCUACCAACGCCGAUUCUGAGGAGAAAAUUAUUUGAGAUCAAUCUAGCCACAUCCAAACUGGAUCAGAGCUUGAUAUGGUACUUCGAGAAGCAUCAGAGGCUCUAGAUCACAGAAACAUGAAUUCCAGUCCUAAGAGAGUCCCAGAUAAUGAGCCACCUAAAAGAAGAGGAAGACCAAGGAGAGCUUGUAGAGACAGACCAAUAGAAGAUCCUUUAGCUUUACCUUCAAAAAGAAGUAGGAGUAAUUAAAGGUAGGACUAAAAUUCAAAGAAAAAAUCAAAAUACAAAGGGCAAGAAUAAGCAAAAGAGAGAUUCAACAAUUGAAGCUUUAGAAGAAAUUCAUGACAACAUUGGGACUAUUCUAAACAAAAAUAAGAAGAAGUCCAAGGCAAGGAAGAAGAGUAAAGAUAGCAAGCAGCACCAUAUUGAAAGCUCUUAAAGUUUAACUUCA